AUGACAUCAGUGCUCAACACCAAUGCUUCACUCCCGUACAACCAUGACUUAUUUGAAAGCCUUAUUGUAGAGAAAAGAAUAAAGCCCGACCACCACGUCAAGGUGGCAGCUUUAGGUCGGGCGCUUUCUAACUGUCUCAUUACGGAUUCGCCGAAACCAACCCACACGAGCUAUGGUUCUGAGACAACGUUUGUCAAACACCUGAAGACGUCUCAGUUCCUCUGCUCGAAUAGGCCCAUAACAAACAACAACAAUCGUUCCUUUAUUACAACCUUUCGGUGA